AUGCAAGCUUGCCAUCUAUUGCUUGGAAGACCUUGGCAAUUUGAUGUUGAUGCCCAACAUAGUGGGAGAACUAACAAGUACUCAUUUGUGGUCAAGGGGAAGAAGUACAUUCUUAACCCACUAACCCCUUACCAAGUGAGUGAGGAUUAUAGAGUGAUGAGGGAGCUUCGGGAGAUGUAUCAAAGGGAAGAAAAGGAGAAGGGUGAGAAGGAGACUUUGUUGAUCAUAAGUGGAGAGGGGAUAUCUCAAGAUGGUUCCAAGAAAUGUUUGUUGGCCAAACCAAGUAAUUGCUUAAAGGGGGUUGACGAGAGACACUUCAUGGUGUGCCUUGUCAACAAAGAUCUUCUCCUAAAUGCUAACCAAGCUACUAUCACUUUGCCUAGUAGUAUGACUUCUCUUUUUCAGGAAUAUGAAGCCUUGUUUCCAGAGGAAAUGCCCGAUGGCUUACCUCCCCUGAGAGGUAUCGAGCACCAAAUCGACUUUGUACCGGGUUCCCAAAUUCCCAACAAACCAGCUUAUAGGAGUAACCCGGAAGAAACAAAAGAAUUACAAAGGCAAGUGGAUGAACUUCUUAAAAGGGGAUAG